GAGAAGAAACUAUUGAUUCUCCUGAGUCUUCGCAUUUUGUGAAACGCUUCUUGUUUUCUGUCAUUUUUCCCUAUUCUCUCCAUAGGUGGAAAACCAUAACCGUCGUAACAACCAUCAUGGAGAAUAAAAACACCGCCGACGACGCUUCUCAUUCUCCCGCCGAGGCAGAACCGGCAUCGUCACCGCCACCUCCGUCGAAUCAGGAGGGAGAUCAGGCGGUGGAGGAGGAGGAGAAGAAGGAAGAGGUUGAUGACGAUGACGUGAAGUCUCCUCCGCCGAGUCUUGAUAAGGUUUCAGAAGAGAUAGAUCAAUGGCUCGCGACUCCAUUGAAGGAAGGUGAUGACAAUGCUGAGGAGGGAGAGUCGUCGUUUGAGGUGCCUGGUUCCGUGGAGAAGUUUCUGGAUCUGGUGGAGGAGAAGAUAGCGAAGUAUGAUGCGGGAGCAGGGAAAGCUAAAUGGGGAGAGGUUGCGGAGGAAGAUUCGUGGUUGUUAGAAACCGUCGAUCGGGUUUCUAAGCUGAUGAAAACGCUGUCUGAUCAUGUUCAUGAGAACUCAGAGGAGAAGGAGAAUAAUGGGAAGAGAAGCUCGCUUGUGAACCGCACCGGCAUGAUUCAACAGCGUGCCAUGUCGGUUUUGGAGGAGGAUUUCCGGUGGUUAUUGGAAGAAUCUAGAGCCCCAACCGAAUUGGAUCACGGCGAGAAUACUGAUCCCAAAGGGAAGCAGCAACAACAAGAAAAGUCGGAUCAGGAUCCUGAUUUUUUUCUUCAACUCAAGGUGACGAAUUUCCCGGGUUAUUCAGAGGAGACGAUUGUUAGCCUGAGCAAGAUCGCCGGCGCAAUGCUCUCCGGCGGUUACGAAUCGGAGUGCUGCCAGGUGUACAUCAUGGCGAGGAGGAACGCGUUUGAGGAGAUUCUGGUCAACCUUGGCCUGGAGAGGAUCAGCAUUGACGAGAUGAUCCAGAAGGUGCAGUGGGAGGCCAUGGCGAGAGACAUGAUCCCUGCAUGGAUCAAGACGUUCUGGCAGUGCGCCACCGUGUUCUUCCCCGGUGAGAAGAGUCUCGCCGAGGCAGUGUUCCCCGAGCAUCCAUCUGUUGCGGCGGGGCUCUUCAGCAACCUCUCUCGUGGCGUGGUCAUCCAGCUCCUCAACUUUGCAGAGGGAGCUGCGAUGACCAAGCGUGCGGGAGAGAAGCUCUUCAAGCUCUUGGACAUGUAUGAGACGUUGGGCGAUGUGAUCCCGAAGUUCCAUGGGCUCUUUCCAGAAGAGUCUGAGGAAGAGCUGAAGACGGAGAUGAGCCUUGCCAAGUGCCGGCUUGGCGAGGCUGCGAUCUCCAUCUUCUGCGACUUCGAGAAUUCCAUCAAGACAGAGACCGUCAAGACUCCGGUCCCGGGCGGAGCCGUGCACCCGCUCACGCGCUACAUCAUGAACUACCUCAUCAUAGCAGGGGACUACAAGGAAACCCUAGAGCAGGUUUUCAAGGAGCACUCCAAAAUUGAGCGUGCGGAUUCCACCAGCAGGUCAUUCCACGAUCAAAAUGGCGUCGUUGUUGACACCACCACGGAGGAGUUGUCACCGUUCGCGGCUCAGGUGAAGAGGGUGAUGGAGCUUUUAGACUCAAGCCUGGAGGGGAAGGCGAGGUUGUAUCGUGACAUAGCUUUGAGCAACUUCUUCUUGAUGAACAAUGGUCGGUACAUUCUUCAGAAGAUAAAGGGGUCGACGGAGAUGAGCCAGGUGAUGGGGAACACGUGGUGCAGGAAGAGGUCGUCAGAGCUGAGGAACUACCAUAAGAGCUACCAGAGGGAGACGUGGAAUAGGGUGCUGACGUGUCUGAGACAUGAAGGGCUGAACGUGAAUGGUAAGGUGCAGAAGCCGGUGCUAAAAGAGAGGUUCAAGAGCUUCAACAUGUUGUUUGAUGAGAUCCACAGGACGCAGAGCUCGUGGGUGGUGAAGGACGAGCAGCUUCAGUCGGAGCUGAGGGUUUCAAUAUCGGCAGUGAUUAUUCCGGCGUACAGAGCGUUUGUGGGGAGGUUUGCGCAACACUUGGACCCUGGGAGGCAGACAGAGAAGUAUAUAAAGUAUCAGCCUGAGGAUAUAGAGAGUUACAUUGAGGAGUUGUUUGAGGGAAAGGCGCCUCACCAGUCCACUGGUAGAAGAAAAACAUAACCCUCUAUUACAUAUAUGUGAUCAUAGUUUUAUUUCUUAUUUCAUAUUUACUUUUUGUCUUUUGAAAAAAUGAUGAAGAGGAGGAGGAAGAAAAGAGGGUGAGGAAGGAGAAGCCAUGCAGUGCAUGUACACGUGCGUGCAUGUUGUAAUGAAGUUGCUUCCACAUAUGGUUGUCUUAUUUGUUUGUUGUCGAGGGACUAGAAAAGGUUGGGUCUCGUAGAAAUUUGCUACUUUUGUUUGUUGAGCAAGAGCUCGCUUUUGUUUGGACACAGAGGAUAAUGUUGGGUUAGUAUGUUAUGGCCAUGGGCCCUCUUGUGUUCCAAUCUUGAAAUCAUGACCUUCUUUUUUUUCAUUGUUUUCAA